AACACAAAGCCUCCGAAUAUGAACGUGGAAAGCUCUUUGCCAAGUGUUCCAUACAGUCCAACUAGAUAAGGAAGCUAAAGGAACCAAUAGCAUCAGCGUUACAUAGAACACAAUCACCCAACAACGAAAAAAUGGCAACUUCAUCAUCUACCAUACUAUCGUCUUCCUUUCUCCCUGCUAAGGUUUUAACAGCAAACAAUCCAACCCAGCAAAUCUGCAAUCUCCCAAAUGGGUCUUUGCGUCGCGCAGCCUCCACGAAACGUGCCUCCUUCAGCGUUCGAGCCGCCAAGCUUCCUCCUGGACUGGUGGUGCCAAAAGUAGAGCCGAAGUUUCAGGCCCCUUUUGCUGGGUUCACUAGGACUGCAGAAAUAUGGAACUCCAGAGCUUGUAUGAUUGGACUCAUUGGAACCUUCGUUGUAGAAUUGAUAUUGAACAAGGGGAUACUGCAGCUGAUUGGAGUUGAAAUUGGGAAAGGUCUUGAUAUUCCCCUGUGAUCAUUCAAUAUGGGUAUAAAAGUAACAUUAAUCGAAAGCGUUUUGUAAUUCAUCUGAAGUGGGUAACUCUGUUUUUGUACCUGAAGUAAUUUGUGUGCAGACUCUUGUAAUGUAUGAAAUUAUGAUAAAGCAGUUAAAAGUGCACCUUUGACCUUUCUGAUCUUCUUAUGUCAAUCCUCAAGACUCUUGAACUUGUGAUGUCAUUAGUUGAACAUGACUCUGUCUUAUCAAUCUUCAAAAUAACAAUAGCAGUAUAG